CUCAGACUGGCCCAGGCCGCAGUCCCGACCGCAUCUCGCUUUAGGAAACUUUUGUUCUACAGGUGAGCUGGGAAGGAAAAUCGAAGCAAUAUGCAAGGCGUUUGCAACCUGCAGCGUUCGUCCGAGUCUCAUCUGCCAAGUGCCCUCAGGCGUGUCUCCAGGAUGCUGCUGUUUGCUCUGCUCGUUCUUACCAACGUCACAGCCUCACCUUGUAUAACGACUAGGAGUCAGCCAACAACAACUAAUGCAACGGUAACUACAAGAGAUACAGCUAAUGACUUGGGCAUACGAUUGCCUAGCUCACUGAAACCACUCCAUUACCUGGUCAAACUCCAACCCUUUAUCGAUGGCAACUUUAGCAUCUUCGGCUACGUGGAGGUGGAGAUGGAGGUGCUGGAACCGACCUCCAAAAUCACGCUCCACAUGGCCGACAUAAUCACCCUAAAUGACACAAUAAAGGUAUAUACUCCUGGUCAAACAAGAGGCCAAGGUGUGAGGAUCAGGAAGCAUGAGUAUGAUCAUGGUCGUCAGUUUUAUAUCGCCCAUCUGAGGAAAGAGCUGCAGAAGGGAAAAAAGUACACUCUCUCCAUGGAGUUCCUUGGUUAUCUCAAUGACAAGCUGCACGGCUUCUACAGGUCGACCUACAUAGAUGCUGAUGGCAACACCAGGAACGUUGCUGCGACACAGUUUCAGGCUACUGAUGCCCGCAGAGCCUUUCCUUGCUUCGAUGAGCCUGCCCUGAAGGCAACCUUUGAGAUUCACCUCGCGAGGGAAUCUUGGAUGACGACCCUCUCCAAUAUGCCCAUUAACGAAACUGUGCCUAUGGUCGGGCAAGAGGGCUGGGUGUGGGACCGUUACGAGAAGAGCGUCCCCAUGUCCACCUACCUCGUCGCCUUCGUUGUAUCGGAUUUUGUUCAAGUCAACACUACAGUGAAUGACGUGGUACUUCGAGUGUGGGCGCGACGAGAAGCCAUAGAUCAGGCAGAGUAUGCAAUGGAGGUGGGCCCCAAAAUCCUGAGUUUUUUUGAAGAGUAUUUCGACUUGCCUUUCCCUCUCCCGAAGAUGGACAUGGUUGCAUUACCCGACUUCUCUGCAGGAGCCAUGGAAAACUGGGGUCUCAUUACUUACAGAGAACAGUACCUCAUGUACAUUCCGGAAGUGUCAACCACAGCAUCAAGAGCAUCUGUUACUACGACAAUAGCCCAUGAAUUGGCUCACCAGUGGUUUGGGAACCUGGUGACUCCCGCGUGGUGGGACGACCUCUGGCUCAACGAGGGCUUUGCUACCUAUAUAAGUUUCCUUGGUGUGGAUCGUGCAGAGCCAACAUGGAACGUAUUGGAAACAUCACUCAUCCAAAGAGUUCAUGGUGUGUUCGAUCUUGACAGCCUGGAGUCCUCACAUAGGAUCAGCAUUCCCGUUGGUCACCCAGACGAAAUCGUCGAAGUCUUUGAUGGCAUAUCUUACGAAAAGGGAUCGUCUAUCAUCAGGAUGAUGACUCAUUACCUCACUGAAGCAACGUUUAGGAAGGGGAUGAGCAACUACCUGAAAGCUCUUGCAUACAAGAACGCAGUGCAAGAUGACUUGUGGAAAUAUUUAACAUUGGCGGCCCACGAGGAUGGCAUUCUACCCCUGGACGUGACUGUGAAGAUGAUCAUGGACACGUGGACGCUGCAGAAGGGCUACCCUGUUAUCCACGUUAAAAGAAGCAAGGAUGGAACCUCCGCCCUUUUGACACAGGAACGUUUCCGUGUAGAAAGGAGCACGAACUCUUCCAACAUAACUGAUUACAAGUGGUGGGUGCCGCUGACGUACACGACCCAGAGUGAGGCCAACUUCAACCAGACUCAAGCCAAGUUAUGGAUGAAGGAAUCUGAGUGUCACACCAGUGUCUUAUCCCUUCCACCCACAGACCAGUGGGUCAUCUUCAACCUGCAACAGACAGGCUACUACAGAGUCAACUACGAUGACCACAACUGGAAUCUUAUUAUCCAGCAGUUGAAGAAGGACCACCGGGUUAUCAGCCCUAUCAACAGGGCGCAGAUAAUCGAUGACGCUAUGAACUUUGCCAAAGCUGGUCGUCUCAGCUACGACAUCGCCAUCGGUGUUUAUGCAUAUCUGCGAAAUGAAGAGGAAUAUCUACCUUGGGCUGCAGGUGUCAGUGAACUCACAUACAUAAAUAGAAUGUUCAAACUGAGAAGCGGAUACGGCGCUCUUAAGCGCUACCUCCUGAAUUUAGUGUCGCCUCUCUAUGAAGCUGUUGGGUUCGAUGACAAGAUAGAUGACCCUUACUUAGAGCAAAAGAAGAGGAAGAUAGCUGUGAACUGGGCUUGCAAACUGGGCCACAAGGACUGUCUCGACAAGGCGCUCACUCUCUACAGGCAGUGGAUGGCAAAUCCAGACAACACAAGCCUUAUUUCACCAAACCUCAAAUGGACGGUGUAUUGCCGCGCCAUAGAUGAGGGCGGGGAGGCCGAGUGGGACUUCGCGUGGGACCAAUACCUGAGGACCAACGUCGCCAGUGAGAAAACUCUCCUUCUCGCUGCUAUGGCUUGCACUAGAGAAGCCUGGAUCCUGUCUAGGUACCUUGAGAUGACCAUUAACCCAGUCAGUGGCAUAAGACUACAAGAUAUUGGUGGUGUAUUACGUAGCAUCAGUUUCAAUGAUGUGGGACGCUCCUUGGUAUGGAACUACUUAACUCGUAACUGGAACGAUAUCUACUCAUUCAAGAAGAGGAGGAGAGGAGAAUUAAUGAAGAGCAUAACAUACAGCUUCAAUACAAAGGAGCAACUUCAAGAAGUCCAGUCGUUUUUGAGGAGGAGGAAGGUGUCUUUGGAAGGGAACGAGAGGAACGUCCAGCAAGUCGAAGAGAAAAUUAGAAACAACAUCGCCUGGAUGGACGCCAACUAUGACGUCAUAAUGCAGUGGCUCGAGAAGACCGGUUACUCCUCGAAACUCAGGGUUACAUAAUUUCAUCUUUUAUCUUUGGGGUUUUGUUGUUCAUUGUUGUAUCUUUUACACACAUUUUUCCAUGUAUGUUCUGGACUGUUAUAAUCAACUUCGUUGGUAUUCUUAUUGAUUUGGAACUUUACCCAAGAAUUAUUGUGCUUACUUUUUGUCUUUUGUUUAAAGUGUUGGUUCAAGUAAUAAAUAUUAGAUGAUUA